GUUUAUCAACAUUUGAAACAACACAGUGUGAGCAUUUCUUCUCCGUUCAUCCUUAUACAAACAUUCGCUCAAGCUUCUCUGAUUUUUGCGUUUGAUCAACUCUGAAAACCAUUCUUCCACCACAAGAUGUACCGAAAAUCAGAGCAUACUCGUGAGUCGGAUUUGGAAUACUACGAGGGUCGAUAUUACAGUGAGUUGAAAGAUGGUUACCAUAAGCUCGAAGUCUCGGACUCAACAUUUAGGUGUCCGAUUUGUUUGAACAAGGAUUAUUAUUCUUUGACUGAUCUUCUGAGACAUGCUUCAAGGAUUGCUACUGACGUUCAUGCUGAGACUGAGAGAGAAAUUGCUAAGCACUCUGCCCUUGUAAGGUAUCUUGACUUUAAAAUUUCUGAAGAUAAGUUGCAUGAUAUGAAUGUCGAUACCAUUAACUCACUGCUGAAGAUAAGUCGCACGAUAUGAUGAAUGUUGAUACCGAUAGGUCCCAUAGUAUGAAUGCUGUUAAUGAUCGGUCACUUAUUGCUAAGGAUAAGUCACCCAUUGUGAAUACUGAUGAAGAUGAGUUGUUUGUCUGGCCUUGGAUGGUAGUUCUGGCAAACAAUGUUACAACAUUUGACACCAACUCUCGUAAGUAUAUAGGAAAGAGUAAUAAGAAAAUUCAAGAGGAACUGAUAGCUAAUGGGUUUCAGCCGCUGAAAGUUAAUACACUGUGGAAUAUUAAUGGGCAAACACCGUUUGUGAUUGUUGAAUUUGGAAAAGAAUGGGAUGGUUUCAGCAAUGCUUUGAAGCUAGAGGGAAGCUUUGAAGUGGAACAUUGUGGAAAGAGAGAUUACUUGGGUUUAAGGGAACGAGGAGAUAGACUCUUUGGGUGGAUAGCACGUAGCGAUGACUAUAAUUCCACGGAUAUUGUUGGCAAACACCUCAGGGAAAAUGGGGAUUUGAAAACUGUUUCUGGAAAAGAAGCCGAGGAUAAUAGGAAAGCCUUGAAGCUUGCAUCUAAUUUUGCCAACACUUUAAAGCAGAAGAACAAGGAAUUGGAACAAACAACAAGCAAGUAUGAAGAUACUAAAGUUUUCCUAAACAGAAUGAUGGAUCAAAAAGAGGAGAUGCUUGAACACUUUAACAUAGGUAUGUUGAUACUUAAAGUGGAUUGUUUGAAUUAAUAUCAGUAUAACUUACAGUCUAAUGUAUUGAUGUUGAUAUAAUUUUUUAAUAUUUCAUGGUA